GCGCCAAGCCGCAGAAGCGCAAGAGAUCCAACACUAAGGUGGUCGCCGCCAAGGCCGACAAGGUCGUGGCCGAGACCCCGUCCAAGACCGAGGAGGUUGAGGACAGCAGCGACAGCGUGGAGGAAGAUGAGGAUGAGCCCGUUGCUGAGGCUUCUGAUAGUGAAGAGGAGGAGGAGGAAGAGGAGGACAAGCCUGAGGCAAAGAAGGUCAAGGCAGCCGCUGGCGAGAAGGAGCUUGACUACUCGUUCACCUCUGUGCCUCUGUCCGAUCAGACCCAGAAUGCGAUCAAGGAGAUGGGCUUCACCAACAUGACUGAGGUGCAGGCGCGGACGAUCCCGCCGCUGCUGGCUGGACGCGACGUGCUUGGUGCCGCCAAGACCGGCUCUGGCAAGACUCUGUCGUUCCUGAUCCCCGCAGUCGAGCUCCUGCUGAAGCUCAAGUUCAAGCCGCGCAACGGCACUGGUGCUAUCAUCAUCACGCCGACGCGUGAGCUGGCGCUUCAGAUUUUUGGUGUGGCCCGCGACCUGAUGCGGUUCCACUCGCAGACUUUUGGUAUUGUGAUCGGCGGCGCUAACCGCAAAGCCGAGGCGGACAAGCUCACCAAGGGUGUCAACCUGCUGAUUGCCACGCCUGGCCGCCUGCUCGACCACCUGCAGAACACCAAGGGCUUUAUCUUCAAGAAUCUGAAGACGCUGGUGAUCGACGAGGCUGACCGGAUCCUGGAAAACGGUUUUGAGGACGAGAUGAAGGCCAUUGUCAAGAUCCUGCCCAAGGAGGAGCGGCAGUCGAUGCUGUUCUCGGCCACCCAGACAACAAAGGUUGAGGAUCUGGCCCGCAUCUCGCUCAACAAGCGCCCAUUCUACAUCAACGUCGACGAGGGCAAGGAGAAGGCCACUGCCGAGGGUCUCGAGCAGGGCUACGUGUUGUGCGAGUCUGACAAGCGUUUCCUGCUGCUGUUCACGUUCCUCAAGCGCAACCUGAAGAAGAAGGUCAUUGUGUUCUUCUCGUCGUGCAAUUCGGUAAAGUACCACGCGGAGCUGCUCAACUACAUUGAUGUGCCAGUCCUCGACCUGCACGGCAAGCAGAAGCAGCAGAAGCGCACCAACACCUUCUUCGAGUUCAUCAACGCCGACAAGGGCAUCCUGCUGUGCACAGACGUUGCUGCCCGUGGCCUCGAUAUCCCUGCCGUCGACUGGAUCAUCCAGUAUGACCCGCCAGAUGACCCCCGCGACUAUAUCCACCGCGUCGGCCGUACAGCGCGCGCUGGCGGAAAGGGCAAGUCGCUGAUGUUCUUGCUGCCCAGCGAGCUUGGCUUCCUGCGCUACCUCAAGCAGGCUAAGGUGCCACUGAACGAGUACCAGUUCCCGCCCAGCAAGAUCGCCAACGUCCAGGCCCAGCUCGAGAAGCUGAUCCAGAAGAACUACUACUUGAACAAAUCAGCCCGCGACGGCUACCGCUCGUACCUGCAGGCCUACGCAUCGUACCAGCUCAAGAACAUUUUCAAUGUCAAUGAGCUCGACCUGCCAAAGGUCGGCCGCGCAUUCGGCUUCACCGUGCCGCCCAACGUCAACAUUAGCAUUGGCGAGAGCCGGAAAACCGACAAGAGGAAGCGCAAGUCGUUUGUUGUCAAAAAGUAAGCCCUCACCGCCAGGGUAUUUCUUUGCUCAUAUCCACUUACCAUGCAAUAGAAAAACG